UAUGAAAGCUUUGCUCAGUACAUGGUAAAAGAAAAAGGUUAUGAUGAGGAACUGCUGAAUGUAGCACCUGAAAGUUGGGAUUUCUGCCCCUGAGGAAGGCCCUUGAAAUAAUACAGGAUCAAAAAAUGUCAGGCUCCACAGAACAAUAAAAAGAACAAAGAUAAUCACGGCUGUUCUGAAUAAUACUUUGAAGAAGUGGGAUUUACCCAUGAAAGCUCAGCUCGCAUAGUGUAUGAAUUUUUUAUUAGUGGCCUAUAACAGUAUUGCUUAUUCUUGCAUUUGUAUUUUGUAAUGGCCACACAGCUCACUUCUUUUUAUUUCAAUGGAGCGAUGAGGAUACAAAGAAAGAGCCACACCCUCCCCAAUGAGAAGGCACAUGGACUCUCAACACCAGCAGAACAGGACUGCGACCACUAGGCAAUACAGUACUCCCUUUACUUUAAUCUGACCCUAACUGGCUAUACCUAGUGGGUUUACUAAAUUAUACCGCAAUUUGCAGAUAGAGGACAUGAGUUUCCUGCCCCACCUUUGCUUUCCUGGCCAAGCAGAAGCAUGUUUGUUUCGAAGAAGAGCCAGAUAGAGAGGAGAUCUCUGUGUGCAAUCAUAGCAUGUGACCCUUUGCUUGGAGAACUGGAGUAAGAAAUCCAACCCCCAGCUGCCUCAGUGGUAAUUUUAAACCAACUGCCUGCCUCAUUUACAACAGAGGUGCCUGGCGAAAAUUCAUCUUGCCAAGAACUUUACAUCUAAGAAGAACCGCCUGGUAAAUCCCAUCUUGCCACAAAUAUUUGGACUUUUGGCACAUGCUUUGAAGAAGUGGGAUUUACCCAUGAAAGCUCAACUCACAUAGUGUGCCAUUUUUUUAAUUAGCAGCCUAUAAAGCUUUAAAAGCUUGGUGCUUGAUAUGGAAGAUGGGAAUUUCCUUAAACUUGCCAAGGAUGGAACUGUUUUGAGGGCAAGUCAUGGAACAAAACAUAUGAGCCCUGAGGAGAUUUUAGAGACAUAUGGAAGGAAGGAAUGGAAACAUUUUAAGACAAUGAGUGGAAUGGCGUCUCGUUCAGCUAAAUAUUAUGCCUACGACAAUUAUUUUGAUCUGCCAGCAGCACUUCUUUGUGCACGGAUUAUAGAUGGCUUGAACAAACACAGUCCUGGGAAAAAGUGUGAGUUUUGGAAAGAUAUGGUCGCUGCCAUACAGUAUAAUUAUAAAACUUCAGCUUUUAAAGAAAAUUGUGGAACAUACUUUCCAGAAGUGAAACGAAAUCCAGAGAAAUAUAUACAGUGUUGUUCUGAUUCUGUUAAAAAAUGGUUAAGAAGACUGAAGGACAGUGGAAAGAUUCUGCUUUUAAUUACCAGCUCUCACAGUGACUAUUGCAGGCUCUUAUGUGAGCACAUUAUAGGGGAUGAUUUUGCUGACCUUUUUGACAUUGUAAUCACAAAUGCCCUGAAACCAGGCUUCUUCUCUCAGACACCAAAUCAAAGGCCUUUUCGAACACUCGAGAACGAUGAAGAACAAGAGGCCCUCCUAGCCCUGGACAAACCCGGGUGGUACUCCCAAGGUAACUCAACCCAUUUGUAUGAGUUGCUGAAGAAGAUGACUGGCAAACUAGAACCAAAGGUUGUUUACUUUGGUGACAGCAUGCAUUCAGAUAUUUUCCCAGCCUAUCACUAUAGUAACUGGGAAACUGUCCUCAUCUUAGAGGAGCUUAAUGGCGACCCUGGUUUGAUGCCUUCAGAAACAGCAUGUGAGCCAUUGGAGAAGAAAGGAAAAUAUGAGGGACACCAUCCAAAAGCUCUUCAUUCCGUCUCUAAACAGUGGGGUUCUUUCUUUAUGGAUACCAUUUUAGGAAAGGACGGUGCAGAGGAAAUCUUAGUAAAUACAUGGUCAUGUAAAUGUGUUAGUGCUUACAGUACUAUCACAAUCCCAAGCAUUGAAGCAAUAGCAGAUUUACCGCUGGAUUAUCAAUUCACAAGAUUUUCUUCUAGUAGCUCAAUAACGGCUGGUUAUUAUCCCAAGCCCCCAAGAUCAUUAUUAUCAAGUGGUGACAUGGUGGCCACCAAAUAAAUCAUUUGUAAGGAAGUGAAAAUUCAGAUGCCUUUAACCGUAUUCAACCUUAUUGAAAAAAACCCAAUCAAAUGCAAAAUGUAACUGUUGAGCUCUUGACAGCAACACAUGGAAGCUGGGUAUUGUCUGCACUGUAUUUUUACUUUUAACUGUCGAGAAUUUGCUGCAGUAUCUUCAGAACUGGCAUAUUUACUCAGUGCAUGCCACACACAUAGCCUUCGAACCCCUUUCCAUAAUGUAAGGAGCAUGUUUACAUCCUUCGUGGCCAUAAUAAGUCACACAAGAGUUUUGUGCAACCUUGUAUGAUAG